AUGCUUCAGAACAACUCCGAAAAGUGCAAACUUCCAAACUUUCAUGCAGGCUGUCAUAUAUUUGAGGAUGUCGAUGAUAUUGGUCAUGUUACUUGGUUUUGGACUCUCCUCUAUGAGUUAAAACAUUCCACGUACAAGCAAUUCAAUGACAAAAGUAACAAAAAACAGCUUGAAAAAAGGGCUUCUGAACGAGAAAUGGUCAUGAAAGCUCUUUUUACAAAAUAUCCUCAAUGCAGAAAAUUGAUACCAAGAGCAAAAGAACCAGAAUUCAAGCUUGAAAAAGACAUUUUUGUCCUAUUUGAAACGGAUCAAGGAGAAAUGAACAUUGCGUUCGUUAAACAAGUAACUGAUAAGGUAGUUCUUAGUUCCUUGAUCUUUGAAGUGAAACACAUGGAUAACGUUUCCUAUAUGUAUCACCUCAAAUGCAUUCCACAACUAAUGCUAUCAGCAAUAGAUAUCAGAAAAGUCAAGUCUAAAUGUAGCUGUAUUUGCUAUUCAUUGCCAUCUGGGUUAAAGUGGCAAUUGAAUCAAUUUGCAUUUUGUUAUAUUUUUUGUAAAUAA